UCCAAAUGUCAAAAGAAAGUUUUAUUACGGAGCAAAUUUUAAUAGAAAAGAAAAGUAAAUAGAAAUAAUGAUUUUGAAAGAUUGAUAUAAAAGUGAAUUGGCUAAAGUGAAGAACUGACAUCUGCAGGGAGAGUUGUCAUUUGGGAAAAGUUUAAAUAACAAAUUAAAAUGUCCACAUUUAAAGCCAUUUGGAACUGCAUGUUCUCUCCUAGGUUAAUUAAAAUAUACGGAAAUCGAGAUCCUCAAGAGAAUGUUUAUCAACCUGGAACUAUUGAAAAAUGGGGUGAUACAGUAAUUAAUUCGUUAUUUGUUAUAUGGAAAAUUGGAGUUUAUACUUCACCGUUCUUAGUGGGUAUAUUGUACCAAAGAGGAUAUUUUGAAUCAGAUAGUUGGGUCACUUUUACAAGACUAGUUACUAGUGUUGGUGUAAUUUUAAUUGUUUCAUAUUGCUGCAGGGGCAUGAGUAGAGCUCAGAAUCCUAACUAUAUGAAAUUUUUAAAUACAUUAGAGAAUGCAAGAAAGGAUAAUAUUAAUGCUAAAAAGGAGUUAAAAAGCUAUGACUAUGAGUUUUUUGCCUGGCCUAUAGAUUUUACAGUUACUGAAAAAACGCAAAUUCUGGGUAAAAGAAAUUUAAAGGAUAAAUCUGUAAGGCAGUCAAUUAUAAAAGAUAUAACAUCAAUUCCCCUUAAGAUUAUUGCUUAUUUAGCUAUACAUACAUUUGGUAUUAGGUUAAUCUAUCCAGGAACCAUAGGAUUUUUAAAAGCUAUAUUGGAACCAAGUUUGUUACAAGGACGGUCUCGUUUGGUUGAUGUAUUAAAAGGGGAAAGAUUUAAGUUACAUACUGCUGACGGAAACGAUAUUGACAGUAUUUUUAUCGAUAAAAGAAAUGUAUCUGCAAAUGGUAACAUAUUGGUUAUUUGUUGUGAAGGAAAUGCAGGUUUUUAUGAAGUCGGAAUAGCCAUGACGCCAAUUGAAGCGGAUUACUCAGUUAUUGGUUGGAACCAUCCCGGAUUUGGGGAGAGUACAGGCCGACCUUAUCCCUCUCAAGAACAAAAUGCUAUUGACGCAGUGGUCCAAUUUGCUAUAAACAAAUUAAAAUUCAAAAUCGAAAAUAUAGUGUUUUUUGGUUGGAGCAUUGGAGGGUAUUCGUCUUCAUGGGCAGCUAUGACAUAUCCAGAAUGUAAAGGAAUUAUUUUGGAUGCAACAUUCGAUGAUAUUUUACCUCUAGCUAUAAAUUACAUGCCUGCAUGGUGGGAACCUAUAGUAAACAUUGCAAUUCGAGAACAAAUUAAUUUGAAUGUAACAGAACAGUUGCUUCAAUAUCCUGGACCGAUUUCAUUAAUACGGAGAACUGAAGACGAAGUAAUUUGUUUACAAGAAGGAAAUAUAUCGUCAAACAGGGGAAAUGUUUUGCUAAUAAAACUUUUACAGCAUAGAUAUCCAUUUAUUUUAAAAGAUGCACAAGUAUCUCUCCUUCAAGAAUAUUUGGCGCUUACUGGAAAUUGCCAAGAUGAUAUUACAUCCAAACACGGAGUAGAUGUACAUAAGUGCGAGUCAUUAAUUCAAUCAUAUGUUUCUGAAUAUUCAAAAAGUUACCCAAUGAAUAUUGGUGAAGAUUUUAGUACAACAGAGCGAAAUCAGCUUACACUAUUUUUGGCAAAGCGUUACCUGAAAGACUUGAAAGCGACACACUGUAUUAACCUACCCAUAGAAAUGUUCCAACUUCCUUGGGACACACCAAUUGAAGAGGGAUUCGUUUUAACAUAAAUAUAUGUUUAUUUACUUAAUAGUUUUGAUAAAUUGUUUAAAUAAUAAUUAUGGAUAUGCAUUGUUUAAAUAAUAAUUAUUGUUUAAAUAAUAAUUAUGGAUAUGAAUUGUGUAGGGUUAAUUUUAAAAUAUGAAUAGAUCUUUACUUAUUAUCUAUUUUUGAUCUGUAUAUCUAUGGUUUAAGUAACUUAAUAAAAG